AUGCGUAAGAAAAACACCCAUAAAGGUACUCUCACCAUACCAAGAUGCAAACGAAUAAUUCGACCGUUGAUCUCGAAAAUUGCUUCGCUUACUGGGUUAUACAUUAAACAUCCCUUCAAAUUUGAUCUCGGUAUAGAAAGCUUCGACAUUGUCCAGGAGAAUCAUGGACAGUCAGUGAAGUUUAUAAACCCUUCGACUUCUGACGACCGUCUUCUUUAUUUGAAGCCCUACUUGAACCCUGAAAUAUACCAAACUUACGUUGAAAUAUUCACACUUUUCAAAAGCAUUGUUCGAGCGUGGCUGGAAACUGGACCUCCAGCAAAAACUAGAGUACCGAAAUUAUCAACAAUCUCAUCUUUGAAGGUCGGAAAAAUGAUCACAUUGGGAACAAAAAGCACUCACUAUAGAUUGAAUCAGACGGCGUUAUUCGAUGCAGAAAGCAUUCCGAGAUACUUACAGAAGUACAAAGAUGAACUUGCCGACGAUAUUGAUGACUGGUUGUCAAUGGAACCACAGUAUGUCAUGCAAACGCAUAUGAUAGACUUGCUAUACGGUUAUGUCAUUCACCUUCUUAUAUUCAAUCUGAGAACAACUUUGUAUUGUUUAAUUCCCGUCCUUGUUCAUUGGCUUCAGGAACAAGACGAUUCUCAUCUAAAGUCUCUCCUGAGGACACUCCUUUAUGAAUUCUUCAUUUUCCUGCCAAUCGAUGCAGACCAAAGAGCAGUGAAAGAGUUGACAAGUGAAGUUGCUCAGCACGAUCCGUCUAUACCAAUUUUCUGGCUCUUUCAUGGCAUUGGCUAUUGGAAACGGUUAUGUUUCCUUUGUAAACUCGACUCGAUUAAUGUCAGUGCUAAACUCUACGAACCUUACGACAGUCUCUUCAUUGAUGUUCUCGCCAAAACAGACCGACUUUUUCUAACCGACGUUAUCGAUCUACCUCAUAUAUACUCGACAUUGCAAAGAAACCCGCAGCAUCCACAUAACACCUCGCUCAUGAUGUCCAUAUUAGCGCAAAUAAUCAGUUUAUUCAAGAAAACCUUGGACUCCUCAAGGACUUCUACUACGGCUCUCCGAACACUACAGGCGGGUAUAAAUGACUUCACCGAAUUUGUGAGAACCUGGCUAUCACUAAGCAGUGACUGUGUGUUCAACUCCUUGGAUGGUGGCAACGAGGAAACAUUUGAAGCUUUGAUAAACGUGCUUAAGUUCAUGAGAAGGCAUUGUGAUGGAGCAAUUUCGUACAUUGAAGACAGUCUUCUGCGAAACCGGAUAAUCAAACUUGAGGAUGUGCUUUCCAAGUUCAAGCAAGCAAACUCAUCAAUCAGUGACUUCUUCUUUAACAUACGCGUGCUACAAGCUUACUACCUUGAUAAUCCUGACCUAUGUGACCUUGAAGGCGUCAAACUACCCAGCGCUAGCCAUAGCUUGGCUUACCUUAUGGCUCAUAACUGUGAGUUUGAUGAAGUUGUCAACCUUCUUGCUUGGAUUAGAGAUCUCCCAAACGAAAAAGGUUUACGCAUGUCCAAGUUGCUCUUCAGAGAGUUUUUCAAGGAGAAUCUGGUGUUGGGUGAAAUGGACGUAGAGCAUGUUGCAUGGGAAUUAUACGAUCUAUAA